CUGAACUUCCAAAUCCUUGCUGCACUUGGCUGUACGAGCAAUGUAGCAUGUACAUGGCUACAUGCUGGCCAUGUACCGUAUGGCAUACGGUACAGUAUUAACUGCAAGCACCUCGAACACCUGAAGGCUGAAGGCGAUAGCUUGGGAGCAGAAGAAAUUGCACAAUGGCGUCCAGCACCAUUCUGAGAUGCGCCCCGGGCACUCUCUCUCUUACUCAAACUGUCACCGCAGAGGCCUCCUCCCAACACAGCCCGGCGGCCACUUCGUGCUGUCGAAGGAAGACAUCUGCUCUCCGCUCGUCCUUCUUAGGAAAGUCACACGGCAUUAGCAGGCGCAACGUUGUGGCCAUCAAAGCGGGGACGGUGUCUGGCUCAAGGAUAAGUGCCUGGUUCAAGUUUGGCAAGAAUGGGAUGGACUCAAGCAGUGCUGGUAUAUAUGGAAGUCAGGGAAGGGAUGAUUAUGACGAGGAUGAUGUUGAGCAGUACUUUAACUAUAUGGGGAUGUUGGCAGUGGAGGGAUCCUACGACAAGAUGGAGGCGCUUUUGAGCGCCAGCAUUCACCCAGUGGACAUUCUGCUCCUUUUAGCCUCAUCAGAAGGAGAUAAACCCAAAAUCGAAGAGCUAUUGGCAGCGGGGGCCAAGAUCGAUGUGAAAGAUGCUGAUGGGAGGACGGCAAUAGACAGGGCAGCAAAUGACGAAGUCAAAGCACUCCUACAACAAGGAGCCAAAGCACAGGUUUAAUAAUGAAGGAGCAACUGUUGCAAAGGGGUUGGUGUUGAACAUUUCCUUUUCAAAGGCUUUGAAGGCUCAUCGCCGAGACUACUCUUGAAGAUUACAGCAUUGCAAUGCCAAAGUCUGCUUACAAAUCCAUGCGCCAAGUAUACACCGCUCAGACUUCUGAGGUUGCAGUUACUACGGCAACGGGGCAGAAUUGAAAGGCGAGUAGGGUUGGAUCAUUCAGGAGAAGCCAUUGGCCACAUGUCAUCUACGGCGUAAUUAUUGAGACUCGAGACCAUCAUGCUCACCUCGACGAGACAUGGUCGGACACAUCAGAAUUUAAUCAACUUAGCUCGAUUUUGGC